CUGCUGCUGCUGCUGCUGCUGCUGCUGCUGCCGCCACCACCAACACAGGAAGAGGUACCCAGGAGGACAAAGAAGAUGAAACCAACUGUGAAACCCUUCCAAGGUGAUAGAAACGCCAUAAGAGAUGAUGAUACUAGGAGUGACAGUAGCUCCAGAAAUGGCAGUGACACCAGGAGUGUCCAUAGUACAAACAGCACCAAUGAGAUCCUCAAUGCUCGUGGAAACCGAAUUGCCAGAGAAAUCGCAACCACCGGCGGUAACACAAGCAGACUAAACAUCAAUGAUGCUGGUGCAGAUGGAAGCACCAACACAGACAGGAGGGAGGAAGUGGGUGCCCACGGAACUGAGACUGGAAGCAACACUGCAAGUACUACUAGCACCAUGAUCUGUGGCGAACUUGCCAGUGUCAGUGAUACCAUGAGUGUCAGUGAUGAUUUGGACACCCUAAGGAGCUUGAGCCUGAGCACCCUGGGUAGCUUGAGCACCCUUGGGAGUCUGAGUUCAACUGGGAGUGGCAGACAGCGGUCCACUGUUUUGGCUCUCAGCCGGAUCCUCAACCGAUCACACUAUAUCUCCAGGGAACAACUCUGGGAGGCCAGCCAGCCAGGCACUGGGGCUCUGGUAGGAGCUCUCCAUGGACCCAACUCCACCUUCCUCAUGGAUGACGAGGCGGAACUCAACAAUGGUGCACAGAUCCAAUUGAGACACCUUAUCCUCUACAAUGAUACUCUCAUCAUUGCCAAGCCCAAGUCCACCAACAGCCUGAAACUUAAGAAGCAGGUACGUCUGAGUGAGGUGUGGGUUGCCUCCUGCCUAGACGAAGUGACAGUGAAGGAAUUCUGCGCAGACACCUCCUUCGUGAUUGGUUGGCCUACAACCAACAGUGUGGUCACCUUCUGUUCCCCAGAAACCAAGGAGCGUUGGUUUUCAGCUCUGCGCUGUAACAUCCAAGAACAGAAGCAGAAUGUUUUUCCAAAGAACAUGACUCUUAGGAUUCUGCUGAUGGAGGUCGAUGAACUCACUUCAACCACUCUAAUAACUGUGACCAACACUGAGACCACCGAGAAAGUCAUUGGGAGGGCAGUGUAUCAGCUGGGACUUACUGGCCAAGCCAGUGAUUUCCUGCUGUGGGUGAAUUCAUCAAAGGAAGCUCUGUCUUACCCACUCAUUGGUCAUGAGAGCUUGUACAGCAUUGCCCAAACCAACCUGCGACAUGUGCCCCAGCACUCCACCCUGAGGACUAAUGUAGACUGCCCUGAUCCCACAUCUCUGAGUCAGGUGCCUGAAAACAAGCAGUAUAAAUUUAUCUUGAAGCACAAGAGUGAACUACCCAGUGUACUAGAGAGAGAACUUAGUGAGAAGAAAAGCUUGAAGAAAAGGAAGUCCCUCUUGUACUGGGCUCUGCAGAAAAACCCUAACCUAGCCUUAGAAAGCUCCAUGGUUCAGUCACCAGAGGAAGAGAAUGAUCACAAGAUCUUUGGCCUAGAGCUGUCUACACUCUGCCGAACAGGCCACCUGCCCAAGCCCAUCAUGGACAUGCUGAUGCUGUUAUACAAGGAGGGCCCAACUACUGCUGGCAUUUUCCGUCGCUCAGCCAACACCAAGACUUGCAAGGAGAUAAAGGAGAAGCUGAAUUCUGGGGCCCAGGUUUCCAUGGCUGGAGAGUCAGUGUUCGUGGCUGCAUCUGUCUUGAGCGAAUUCCUGCGCAACAUUCCUGAUAGCGUGCUGUCCUCCGGCAUGCAUAGCCAGUGGAUGACAGCAAUGCAAGGACGCACCAGCCAGCAGAAAGUCCAUUCUCUCCAGAGACUGGUAGCUCAGCUUCCUGAAGGCAACCGCCUGCUGCUAAAGUACCUCUUUGGAGUCCUGAGCCACAUUGUGGCCAACUCUGAGGAGAACCAGAUGACAUCCUUCAACCUAGCCCUAUGUGUUGCACCCAACUUGCUGUGGUUGCCCAACCCUAAAAGACCAGAGGAUGAGAGCCAGAAUAUGAGCAAGGUUACCAAGCUAGUUCAGUUCCUGAUUGAAAAUACUACUGAAAUCUUUGGAGAAGAUAUCCCUGCACUGCUACUGAAAGCCCAGGCUCAAAGUGCCACCUGUUCUGAAGAUAAACCUGUGCUAAGGACCAUCAAAGGAUUUUAUGAAUUUCAGCUUCAAGAAGAUGAAGACAAAGAAGCAGAGACUCAGAAGAUCCAAAAGAAGGCUGAAAUAGAGGCCUUACCCACCCAGGUAGAGACACAGGACAAGCCAGCUCAGGAGACAAUCAAGACACAGGCCAAGCCAACAGAGGCACAGAUUGAGCUUACCCAGGAUAAGGCCAGUGCACAAACCCAGUCUUUGGAAGCACAGGUUGAACAAGUUGACGCAAAGGCCAUGCUGGCCCAAGUUCAGGCAAAACUUGCCCAGUCAAAGACCCAGCCAGCCAAGGCAAAGGCCAAGGUAAAAGCCAAGAUGGCCCUGGCACUAGCUGAACCAGUUGAAGUACAGGCCAAGUCACCUAAAGCAAAAGUCAGGCUGGCUGUGGCACUCCCUGAAUUGCCUGAGGUACAGGCCAAAUCACCCAAGGCAAAGGUCAAACUGGCCUUGGCACUGACAGAACCAGUUAAGAUACAGGCACAGACACCCAAAUCAAAGACCAAGAAAGCUCUGGCACUGACUGAACCAGCUGAGACACAAGCCAAGCCAGCCAGUGUGCAGGCUGAACCCACUAAGUUAUGGUCCGAACCACUGAAGGUGCAAGCUGAGGCACAGGCUGUAGCAGCUGAGGAGCAGGCCAGAGUAGUUGAGAAGCAAACCCAGCUGGCUGAGGAACAGUCUGAGGCACAGGCCAAACCAGCUGAGGAGCAGGCCAAGGGGCAGGCUGAGACACAGGUAGAACCUACUGAGAAGCUAGUCGAACCUUCUGAGAAGCAAGCAGAACCUACAGGGGGGCAGGCUGAAUCAGUUCAGGAACCAGCUAAGGAACAGGUCAUGCUGCAGGCUGAACUAGCUGAGAAGCAUGUUGAACCAGCUGAGGAGCAUGCUGACCCAGGUGAGGAGCAUGCUGAACCAGCCCAGGAGCAAUCCGAAACUGCCAGCAAUGAACAGGCAGAACCACAAGAUGAGCCAUCCGAAGUGCAAACGAAACUCACUGAGGUGCAGUCCCUACCAUCUCAGGUGGAGGCUGAGGCACAGGCUGAAGCAGUGAAUGAACAAACUGAAGAACAGACCAAACCAGCUAAAGGGCAGGAUCAGUUAGCCAAGGAGCAGGCCAAGCCAGAUGAAGAGCAGGCUGAGAUACAGGUUGAACUACAUGAGGAGCAGAUUGAGCCACAGGAGGAACAGACCAACCCAGCAAAGGAGCAGACCCAACCAGGCAGAGAGGAAGCAGAUGAGGAACAAGCCAAGGGAGAGCUGACUGAUGACCAGGCAAAGGAGCAAGUGGAGCCAUCCAAUAUUCAGGGUGAGCUAGAUGAGGUACAGACCCUGCUGGGCCAGGCAGAAGCCAAGUUAGCUGAAGAGCAAGCUGGAGAGCAUGCUGAGCUACAUGCUGAAGUGGCUAAGGCACCAGCUGAGCUGAUUGAGGCUCAGGCCAAGUCAGCUGAGGAGCAGGAUGAGGAACAGUAUGAACUGGGUGAGCAAACCAAGCCACAGUCCAAGCCAACUGAGGAGCAGCCUGAAGUGGCUGAGGUGCAGGCUGUGGUAGGCACCACUGUCCUCUCACCAUCCAUAACUAUUGUUCGCCCCAAAGAAUCAAGCCAGCCGGCACUAAAACGUAAACAGCUAUAUUGUUCUCACCCCUCAAGUCAGGCCGAGCAUGUCCUUGGAGAUGGGUCCAAGACACCAGGAAGUUCCACUUUCCAGGAUGAGGUGGGAGAUGGAACAGGCCAGGGAGACCCCUCAGGUGCCUGUUCGGUGAGCAGAGCAAGAGAGAACACAAAUCGAUGCCUGCAAGCAGGGUUUGCUCUGUUCCGCUCUGCUACCCGAUGGUGGCCUUCUAAGCGAUCCAAAGCCCCCACUGACCCGAAGAAUCCUUAGAGGGAUUCUUAAAAUAAGUAGAUUGGGGGUGAACUCCACCAUACUCUGCUGACCACUGCCUAAAUAACUCCCCAUCAUCCCACUUCAAUCUUCUUAGACCCUCAGACUUUUCCUUCCAGACUGCUUCUGCCCAAAUUUCCCCACCUACAUCCUCUUUCACAUUUUCCAUUCACCUGCUCACUUACCCCUCACCUAUUCAAGCCAGAAAAGUUGAGAUUAUGCUUCAUGAUCACCUGGAAUGUGCUCUGGCCUUUUCUAUGAUCCUCUUCCCCAAGUGGUUGAUCGCCUUCAAUGUUUUGGCCAAACUAAUGCAGGGAAUGAGAAUUGAAAAGAAACAAAAGCAUCCCCUUUAGAGAGGACCCCUUCUCUAAAAACCCAUCAGUCACCUCAAUACCACUUUUAACUCAGAACACGCCUCCCUCCCAUGUAUGCACCCUGGACUUCAUGUAAUCUACUCUGAUUUACAUUCAUUUGCAUGACUUUUAGUUUCUAUUCUUAAAAAAAUCAACUCCUCCUAACCCCAAAUCCAAGUACCCUUCCCUGUUAGUUAGCUCAGGUUCCAAGGUUAGCUCAGGAACCCUACAGGUGCACCUCUUCACAAAUGGGACCUCAUACUGCCCCCAAAUGAGCCUGACUAGUGCUGUCAAGGGUUUUGUUAUAUUGGCACUCCUUUUGACAAUUUUAACAGCAGGGGGUCCCACCAGUUGCCCUUAUUAAACAAAUGGUUGAUGCUACCUCCAAAAUAACUCAUAUUAAUCCUUUCCUCCCUGACUUCAUAGUCUUCUUUCUGGUCCUCAUUAUCUCUCCUCUAACUAAUUGCCACAGCCUAUUUGCUAGCUGACCAGACCUUUCUCUGUUAUCAUUGUCUCCAUUGACACCAGACAAUCUCUAAAUCAUCCUUAGACUUGUAAUUGGCUGAAGCAAAUUUCAUACUCCUUUAUAAUUCCAUUUUAAAUUUAGCUCUACCUCAUUUCAAAUUUCUAAGAUACCAGAUCUAAGAUCCAUACACAUCUCCACUUAUCCGGUUCCUGACUACCACCCUUCCAUUUCUCCUCUUGCAAAAAACAAACAAACAAACAAAAAACCCAUAAAUCUUCCCUUUGUCAGAUGCUAUCUCCACUAUGAAACUUUUAUCUACCCACUCAAAUAGAGUUAACCACUACCACCCUAACUUUCCACUGUGUCCCAUCCCCAUAAUAGAUGUUGUUAAUAUGGUAUCAAAUGAGUUGUGUGUGUAUUGCUCUAUUGAACCUUAUUUAUUGUGACCACCUUGUGCAUCUGUGAAAUCCCAGUACGUGUUCCUGAGAAUGUAGAAUAAUUCAAUAAAGAAUACAGAGAAUGAA